UUGGCACGUUCGCGGAGUCAGCCGACAGUGGGACCGUCAGCUGCUUUGAAAUCAAAGAAUCUUUCUGAAAAACCCUUGGAAUUAGCUUACAACAAAAGAAUGUCGAGACGUAGUCAGCCAGUAGCCAUGGUUGAUCCGGUGCCAGCAAGGGCACUUGAAGAGCCCGAUGAAGCCACAAUACGUCUGGCUCGAAGAAUCAGCAGUGAGGUAAUGAAGGAUCUUCGAAAGAAGUAUGGCAAUGUGGACAUAGGAUUUUUGGGUGUUUAA